UGGUGUUUGCCUGCAUUCGUUGAGUCGACGUUUUACACCGGAAGAAAACAGUGCCGCACAACUGUGCGAUUUUUGAGAGCAGCGACGGUCAUUUCUCAUUCUGUAAAACAAAUCAUGUAACGUAAUAGUCUACGAGAAACAGUCUUGCGUUUAGCAAUUCGUGCAUCACGUGGAGUUCAUAACAAAGUUCUAAGGUAACGUCAACUCAGGUUAAAAACCCAGUUCCUCUGAGUGGUGCCUCUGUCCUAGUUUUUGGGAAAGACCAGGGCAAAGGACCACAAUGAAUGAUCAGGGGAACAGUCAGGAUUUCGAGGACCUGUGGAACUCAAUGGUUCCAAUUGCAGAUGGGAGCUGGGAAAACUCUCAUUUACCAGGAUUGCAGUUUGACGAGCAGGUGUUCGAGCAGCUUCAUGUCUCUGAGCCGUACCUCUCCGCUCCGGACGGUGGCGGUGCCCCUCCAUGUUCCACAGUGCCCACUACCACGGACUACCCAGGAGUGCAUGGCUUCCAGCUUCGCUUCCCAAAGUCCGGCGUUGCCAAAUCUGUGAUCUGCACUUACUCUACAGACCUGAAUAAGCUUUUCUGCCAGCUGGCAAAGACCUGCCAUAUCCAGAUGGUCGUGGAAACGCCGCCACCUCCAGGUUCGAUGCUGAGAGCCACCGCAGUCUACAAGAAGUCUGAGCACGUAGCCGAGGUGGUCAGGCGAUGUCCUCAUCACGAGAGGACCACAGAAAACAAUGACGGCCAAACCCCUCCCAGCCACCUGAUUCGCGUGGAGGGGAACCUGCACGCUGUUUACCAGCAGGACCCCAACACCGGCAGGCAGAGUGUAGCAGUACCCUACCAGCAACCUCAGCUGGGUUGUGAAUACACCACGACUCUCUACAAUUACAUGUGCAACAGCAGUUGUAUGGGGGGGAUGAACCGCAGACCAAUUCUGACCAUUGUCACCCUGGAAACGCAAGAGGGGGUUGUUCUCGGCCGACGGUGUUUCGAAGUUAGGGUGUGCGCUUGCCCUGGACGAGACCGGAAGACGGAGGAAACCAACUUUAAGAAAAUGCAAGAGGCCAAGCUCCCAGUCAAGACUAACGCUACUCCCAAACGCAGUCUGAAGGAGACGCCUCAAGCGACGGCACACCCAGAGGGCAGCAAGAGGGCCAAGUCCAGUUCCAGCACUGAGGAGGAGACAUUCUACCUGCAGGUCCGGGGGAGAGAACGCUAUGAAAUGCUGAAAAGCAUAAAUGACGGUUUGGAGCUCAAAGACCUGGUGCCCCCUAGUGAUGCAGAGAAAUAUCGCCAGAGACCCAGCUCCAAAGGCGGUAACAAACGGGAGCGGGAUGGCUACACCAUGGAACCAAAAAGAGGAAAGAAACCUCUUGUGAAAGGAGAAAAAAGUGACUCCGAUUGAUUGUUACAGGAAAACUACUUGUUAAACACAGUGAACCUUGCUUGUAGCUUCAAAUGCCUUUUUCGUUUUUACAGUAUUUCAAAUGCACAACAACUGCAUUUCUUUAGUGUUAUCUACAAUUGUCAUUGGGAACUGUUUAUUUUGGUAAUGGGCAUUUAAUGUUUUUAAUGUAUUUUUUUAAGGGGGAUUAUAGAAGGAUUGAGAGAUGGCAAGAUGAAAAUGAAUUAUUUGUUUGAUUUAAAAAAAAAAAAAACUUUUGAUAACAGUUUGUUAUAAUAAAAUGUCUUUUUUACCCUAUUGCCUAUAGCUACUCUGAAUUGCAUACCAUAGAGAUGACCUCUGCCUGUCCCUAGUAUCACAUUACUGAGUUUGUCAUGGGCAGAUUGUGUUGGAAAAGCGAGCAAUGAAACCUGAGAAUAGAUUGUAUAUACUGGAGUAAUAUAAAAAUGGCAACAGAAUUAAUAUCCUUCCUUUUUUUUGUUUAUUUUUUUUUCUUGUCUUCACCGUUACCUGAAUUUAACUCUUGUGGCUCUGUACAAAUGGCUAUUUACACAUUUCUGUGGUGCAACAAAUUAAUGAAAUGUAACUGAACCUUUAAGCCAGUGGUUCCCAAACCUUUUUCACCAUGUACCACCCUCUAUGUCCUGACUCAGCUCGCGUAACCCCACCAUCCAACACAUUAUAAAAGGAACACAUUUGAGAUUUGAAUUUGAACAACAUAAAUUAUCCUCCUUUUGUAAUAUUUUACAAUUUCUUUUAAGAAAAACUUGGUCUUUCAAGAUUCAAGCUGUUUACUGCCGUUUUUUACAUUUUAUAUUAAACAUUUUGAAA